AUGUCAAAUUUUGGUAUUGCAUUCUAUAAUCUAUUGAAACAAAUUCAUUAUCCAGGCAUUAAUCAAUAUGAACCAUAUAAUUUCGAUUGGUUUGUUUAUCAACCAGGUCUUGAACCAUUUCUUACAUGGAUUGUUAAAAAUUUAUCGAAUGAAAAUUUUUUAACUGAAGAUGAAUUAACAAGAUAUGCUUUAGUUAGUAAUGAUGUAAUUGAAAAUAAUGAUGAACGACAAAAACUUCUCGAUAUUCUUAUUUCACUUGAUAAUGGAAAAAUGGUUAUUCCAUGGACAAAUUAUCAACGAAAUUUAACUGAACAAUAUUCAUGUAUUAAAGCUCAAACACAAGCAUUAAAAUGUCAAUUAAAUUGGAAACAACAACAAUAUAAAACUUUAUUAAUGAAAGGUCCAAAAGCAAAAGAAAAAAUUCGUGAAACACGUCGACAAAUUGAACAAUUAUUACAACUUUCAUCACCACAAAAUCUUCUUCAGACAACAACAACAAAUAUAAAUAAUUUUCAACAAAUUGGAAUGAAUUUUAUACAAAUGGAAAGAAAUUAUUUAUCUAUUCUUCAAAAUAUUUGGACUGAUGAAAUUACAUUUGAACAAAAUCCUAGCAUUGAUCUUAUUACACAAUUAAAUAAUCGAACUGUUAAACUUGUUCGAUUAGAAGUCGAAUCAGCUUUAGCUAAUGUUGAAUUUGAUACACUUAAAUCUCAAUUACAAUUAUGUACACAAUUAAAAAAAUAUUUUGAUUCAACACCAAUUGAUGAUCUUAAAAAAUUAACAGAUCGUCUUGGUUCAAAAUCUAUUGUUCAUCAACAACAACGUACACAAUAUGAAACUCAAUUAUUUAAUAUAUAUUUAUCACGUCAUGAACAUUCACUUGAAACAAUUUAUUUAAAUAUUCUUGAAAAACAAUAUACAAAUGAUAAUCGUCUAGCUUUAAAACAACAAAUUAUACUUGAUAGUCUUAAUCAACAUAUAAAUUUUUCUAAAUUAAUUGAUGGUUUACUUGAACAUAGAUUAUCACUUAUUGAUCAAACAACAGAACAAAUGAAUAGGAUAAUUAAUUAUAUUAAAAUGAUAAUUGAAAAUUCGAAAUCUACAACUUCAACAAUUGAUAUUAAACAACCUAAACAAGAUUUAAAUAUUGAUUUAAAUAUUAAAAAUUUAAUCGAAAGAGUUAAACAAAUUGAAAAUGAUUUUUCAAAAAAUAGUUCAAUUGUUGAUUCAUUUCUUGAUUAUAUUAAUCGACAAAAUGAAGAUUUUCGACCAAAAGCAAAUGAUUUAUCAAUUGAACUUGAUAAUCUUAUUCAAAUUAGAACAAAUGAAUGGAAAAAUCUUAUCACAACAAUUAAAGACUAA